AUGCCCUCUGGCGGUCGGACGGCGCGGCGGGAGCGGAGCACGAGUCCGAAGACGAGGUACACGCGAACGAACAUGGCGACGACGACGACGACGACGACGGAGACGCGACACCGCGCCGUUGCGACACGGGACAGGGACGGCGGCCGACGCCCGGCCUCCCCCGCGGACGGAGCACGGAACGCGAGGCACGCGAGGAAAGCGGACGCCGCGAGCAGCGGCAAGCGCUGGGGGGCGUCGGGGUCGGACGGGGCGACGCUGUGCGCGCUCGUGAUCUUCCGCGUCGUCUCGGCGUUCGUCGUGCGCACGUCGUUCGUGCCGGACGAGUACUGGCAGUCGCUCGAGGUCGCCCACCGCGUCGCGUUCGGCUACGGGCACCUGACGUGGGAGUGGCGCGAGGCGAUCCGCGGCGCCCUCUACCCAGGCGCGAUCGCCGCCGUCUACCGGCUGCUCUCACUCGUCGGCGCCGACAGCCGCGCGGCGCUCGUGCUGCUGCCGCGCGUCCUGCAGGGGGCGCUGAGCGCGUACGGCGACUACCACGUGCUGGUGCUCGCACGGCGGCUGUUCGGCGACGGCGCGGGACGCUGGGCGCUCGCCGCGCACUGCGCGUCCUGGUUCGGCUUCUACGCGGCGCCGCGCACGCUCACGAACACGGCCGAGGCGGCGCUGACCGCCGUCGCCCUUGCACGCUUUCCGUGGCCCGCCGCGUGCCUCCACCGCGACGGCCGCCGCGAGGGGGCGCCGCCGCCGCCGCCGCACGAGUUUGCGUACCUGCGCGCGGCGGCGCUGGCGUGCCUCGUGCGGCCGACGGCGGCAGUGACGUGGGCGCCGCUGUGCGCGUGGCACGCGUGGUCGUCGCGCGGGCGCGUUCGCGCGAUGCUGCGCGGGUUCGCGCCCGUCGCCGCGGCGGCGCUGGUCGUCGCGGCAACGACCGACCGCCUCGUCUACGGCCGCUGGACGUCGUCGCAUUACAACUUCCUGCACUUCAACGUGCUGAGGGACCUCGGCGCGACGUACGGCACGCACCCGUGGCAUUGGUACGUGACGCAGGGGCUCCCCGCGGUCGCGCCCGCGCACAUCGUGCCCGCGUGCGUCGGCGCGGCGCGCUCCCACAACGCGCUGCCCGCGCUGCUGCUCGCCUGGCACGUCGCAGCGCUCAGCAUCCCCGCGCACAAGGAGUUCCGCUUCCUGCUGCCCGUGCUGCCGCUCGUCUCCGUCUACGUCGGCCACCUGCUGGACUCGCUCGCGACGCCGGCGACCCCUGGCGGCGGCCGCCGGAAGCUCGCCGUCUCGCUGCUGCUCGGCUGGCUGAUCGUUGCCGACGCGCCGCUCGCGCUCUACACGUCCGUCGUGCACCAGCAGGGGGCGCUGGCCAUCAUGGAGCACGUCGCGAGCGUCGCCGGCGGCCGGCAGGGGGCGCCGCCGGCGAGCGUGCUCUUCCUCAUGCCGUGUCACUCGACGCCGUUCUACAGCCACGUGCACGCGAACGCGACGAUGCGCUUCCUGACGUGCGAGCCGAACCUAGAGGGCGCCGCCGACUACGAGGACGAGGCGGACCGCUUCUACCGCGCGCCGCUGCUGUGGCUCGGUCGUCACGCGAGCCCGCCGCGGCCGCUGCCGACGCACGUCGUCAUGUUCGACGCACUCGCGCCGAGGGUCGAGGUGUGGCUGGGCAAGUACGGGUUCGCGGAGUGCGCGCGCGUUUUUCACACGCACUUCCCCGACGGACGGGUCGGCUCGCAGAUUCACAUGUACUGUAGGAGGUAGAGCGAUGGCUAGUGUUAGGUCGAUAGAGUACGAGGAAUGAGCGCGUUUUUCACACGCACUUCCCCGGUUGUCGGAUUCACAUGUACUGUAGGAGGGGCGCGCGUGAUCCGUAGUGUGAGGAGAAAUAGAGAGUUGCGGAUAGAGGAAGCGUGUCGAUGAAAAAGUAUAGAUUCGGGAUAUUAGCCAGGAUGAAAGGAAGUGCGUCAAUGAAUAAGUACGGAGAGCGAGGAUGAGCGUACUGUGCAGAAUGAGUGGGGAGCGAUCCCUAGUGUGAAGAGAAACGGUGAUAGAGCAAGUGUGUCGCUGAAUAAGUACGAGGAAUGAGCGCAUGUUUCACACACAUUUCACUGAUGGCCGGGUCGGCUCGCAGAUUCACAUUUACUUGCAGGAGGUAUGAAGGUACGUGUGGUUAUUUGUGCGAGGAGAAACAGUGAGUCGAGAAUAGAGCAAGCGUGUUGAUGAAUAGUAUGGGGAGUGAGUACGUGUUUCACACACAUUUCACCGAAGGUUAAUUGAUUGAGGUUCCCAUACACUGUAGGAGAUAGAAGAGAAUUCGAACGUGCGCUCGUUGGUGUGCGGAAGUGGAGUAAGUUUGAGAUAAUGGUGUGGGUCCCACAAGUGCAACUUACAGGAUAGUUAGCUAGCGAAUUCACACGAUCCCGUAGGAUGGAUGAAUGUGCCGCAUAUCAUCCAAGCGGUAGCUGCUGCUAAGCCUCCCAGUCGUAGAGCUAGGAGAGCAAUCAGGAAAUCCGUUGUCAUCAAGAGUUUUUAGGAGUUAUCCCAAAGAAUACGAUGCAAUCGACCAGGUGGUAAUGAGGAAUACCCACCCGCCUGAGCAGCCUGUCAGAAGCAUCCCAACAGGUGGCGCCAUCAUUUGAGCACAAAUUAAAGGUGUACACGAGAAGUAGAGAAUCCAAGUGUGUGAAUAUUCACAUCUUCAUCGUAGCAAUAACUGUAAAUCUAAGGGGUAUUAAUACUGUUAAGGGCCUAUGACAGUGGGACCCAGUGCGCAUUUUAGGAUUGCAGUCGUAAAUGUUUUUCUAUUACUAUAUGCGUAGUUCUCUGUUAGAUGAAAAUAGAAUGAUCUCGGGGUGAUGAACAAGAAUUUGUAUUAAAUUUGUAGCAGUGUUUCUUGCCUUAUAUUUGCAAACAAUUUUUUGUACUGCAUCUGUACAAGUAAUGUGUAUGCGUGGUUGUUUUGUUUCAAUAUAGUGUCACGUUUGGUGUCAACUCUUGUGUUAGUCAUG